UCAACGAACUCGCGCGUUUGCGCGCUUGCCUGCGCCUCUUUCGGCAUGGAGCUGCAUGCCAGAGGCGCGUGAUGGCCGCCUGGGGCGCGCGCCCUUCGGAUGAUGGCGGAUGCCGGGAGGCCGAGGGCAUCUUCGCGCAGCUCCUGGAGCAGGCGAGCGACCUCAACGAUGAGCUCUGCAGGGAGAACUGCGAGCUGCGCAGCGAGGCCAGCGCACUGCGCCAACGGCAGCUGCAGAGGAUGAAGCGAGAUGCGGAAGGGAGCCGUCGGUCCAAGGUGCGUAAGCUGAUGCCCCGGGCAAUGUCCAACAUCAAAGCUCUGUUGCGGGACCUGGCCGAGCCAGAGGAGCUCGCGGGCGUCGAGGAGGCGGCGCACCGUGUCUUCGCCACCUGGGCGGAGCUGGAUCAGAGCCAGGCCGUGGCCUCCGGCGAGGAGACCGCCGCCCUGAUCGCUGAAAAGGUGGCCCUCAAGGAGUUCUGCAUCCGGCAGCAGGAGCGGCUCUUGGAGCUGGAGGUGGCCAAGGAGAAGCUGGGCAGCUCCUUCAGCUGGGCGGAGCGGCUCACCUCGGCGCUGGGCACUCUAUCUGAAGCCGCACCGCAGCCGUCCACCGAGUUGCCUCCCCAGGUGAAUGCGCCGGCGCCGUUGGUACAAGUGGGGGACGAGUGCCAAGUGGUGGGCCGGAAGGGCGCCAUCUUGCGGGAGACCGAGGACCUGCAGAGCGCCCUGGUGGCCACAGUGGUGCCGGGCGGCCACGUUCGGAUCGUGCAGGUGGCUCCUGCGCAGAGCCGCCGGGCAUUGGUGGAGGUCAUCGACUCGCCGGAGGCGGAGGGUGUGGAGGUCUCGGGUGCCUGUGCGGCUGUCGGCAGCGUGGGGUGGCUGAGCGUGUCCACCAAGGAUGGCAAGGCUUUGGUGCGGCCGCGGGAGAAGGAGCCGACCCCAAGCCCGGAGGCGGAGCCAAAGGCAGAGGCUGCGCCCAGCGCGCCCAGCACGCCCAGCGCGCCCAGCGCGAGCGCCGACGCGGCGGCGGGAAGGCCUCACGAGGUGGCCAGGCGAGACGAAGCGCCCGCCCCAGAAGUGGAGCCAGCAGGCGAAGGUGAGCCCACCAAAGAUGUGGCCGAGACCAUGGCUCUGCAAGAGACGACACAGGAUGCAAAUCCUGAUCUGCCCAAAGAGGCAGAUGCCAGCCCCGGCCAAGGCGCCGUCACGGUGAGCACGGAGGCCUGGACGGCGCUGCGCCAGGAGAGGGGUCAGCGGGAGCGGCACAUCAAGGCGCUACACGCCCAGGUGAGCUCCGCACAGACGCAGCUGCAGCAUCAGGAGGAGGUGAAGGCGAAGCUAAGGGAGCUUCGGCAGCAAGCGCUGGAGGCGAGGCAGAGAGGCCAGGAGUUCCUGGAAACCCUACGCAUGGCCACCGAGGAGAUACGCAUGAUCUCUGGCGAGGCAGCGCAGCAAGGAGCAGGCGAGGAGCCAUCCGCGCCGCCGAUCGCGCCCGAGCCAGAGCCCGCGACUGAGCACCCGCAGCCACAAGUGGCGUCAGGGGUGGACGAAGAUGGUCUCAUCGAGUGGCGGCGCCUGCUGAGCGAGCGGGAGACCACCGCCCGGGAGCUCGCGGCCACGCUGCAGCAGGUGGAGGAGAUGGAGCGGGAGGUGGAGGACCGGCGCAUCGAGCUGGACAUCGCCCAGCGGCGCCGGGACCGCGAGCCGGGGGGCCCCAGAGCUGCACCGAUCGUGGCAGAAGGAACCUAUAAGCAGCUCCAUAUGGUCUCCACCUUCACCGAUCUCGCCGGUGAGAAAAGCACGCUGGUCAUGUUUAUCUGCAACCACUGUCCCUUUGUGCUGGCCAUACUCGACAAGAUCAUUCGCGAUGCCCAUGACAUGAAGGCACACGGGAUCGGCGUUGUCGCGAUCUGUUCCAACGACCACGUUUCCCACCCUGCGGACAGUUUCGAAAACAUGCAGCUGCUGGCCGAAAAACAUGAAUUCCCCUUCCCCUACCUGCAUGAUGCGGAUCAAAUUGUUGCCAGAAACUAUGACGCGGUCUGUACACCGGAUUUCUUCGGCUUCAACAAGGAUCUGGGACUGCAGUAUCGCGGCCGUCUUGACGCGACGCGGAUGGGCACGUCUCCUUCAGACUUGCGCCGCGACCUCUUCGAGGAGAUCAGCAAGAUGCAGAUCCACCAACUCAAUCACGUCAACCUGCGCACAACCCGGCUUGAGACCAUGAUCUCCUGGUAUCAGGAUGUUCUCGGUCUCACUCUGGGACCGCGGCCGGAUUUUCCCUUCCCCGGCGCCUGGCUAUACGCAGGUGAUACGGCGUUCGUGCAUUUGGUUGGUAUCGACGGCGACCAGGGCACUGGCUCAGAAGUUGAACUCAAGCUCGAGCAUUUCGCCUUUUCGGCCACCGGCGCAGAAGAAUUCGAGAACCGAUUGCGCGAACGCGGCGAAAAGUACCAGAAGUCAGAAGUGCCGCAAAUCAACCUUGUCGCGGUCAACGUCUGGGAUCCGGAUGGCAAUCACAUUCACGUUGAUUUUCGUAUGGACGGGUAA